AUGACGCCGUGGAAACUACCAUCUACUGCGGGAAGGUCGGUCGGCAUUCUCGGCGCCGGCGUCUUGGGCCGUCGAAUCGGCGCCUGCUGGGCAUCCGCCGGCUACAGAGUCCACAUCAGAGACCCAGACCCUCAACAGACGAAUGCGGCUUUGCAGUACAUCACCAACGAGUUAUGGAGAUACAAGCCCGUAAUUGAUCCAAACACCAUUAGCGUUCAUGGCUUCCAAGACAUGAAGCCCGCCGUCGAGGACUCCUGGCUUGUUAUCGAAUGCGUACCAGAGAGAUUGGACAUGAAGAUCGAUGUGUUCGCCGAGCUUGAAGGCGUCACUCGAUCGGACGCUAUCCUGGCUUCCAACUCGUCCUCCUACAAGUCCCGCGAGAUGACAGUCAAGGUCAAGCCGGAGACGGCCCAACGAAUGCUGAACACCCACUACAUGGUCCCGCCGGCCAUCCGCAUCGUCGAGCUCAUGACGAGUGGCUCUACGCGAGAAGAGAUAUUCCCCUUCCUCUUGGAACACUUCAAAGCGUCAGGCAUGAUGCCGGUGAUUGCACACCAGGAGUCAACUGGUUUUAUCCUGAAUCGUGUCUGGGCAGCCAUCAAGCGCGAGUGUCUCAUGGUGUUGGCUGAAAGGGUUGCCACUCCCGAAGAACUCGACGCCGUCUGGACCGAAAUGUUUAUCAAGAACGGCAGUCCGCCUUGCACCCUGAUGGACUCGGUCGGCCUAGAUACCGUUUCACUCAUCGAGAAGCACUACAUCGAAGAGCGUGGCCUGCAGGACAGAGGUGUUUUGCCCUUCUUGCAAAAGUACAUUGACGAGGGCAAGCUCGGAGCCAAGAGCAGCAAGGGUGGUCUUUACCCUCCUGGCCACACCGUCAAGACAGCUAACCAGGAACAAACGAGUCACGACAAUUUGCACGCGCCGGCCUUGUACUUCUUGGACAUUGGAUGGAACAAUGAUCCGGAUGACGUCGAGUUUUACAGAAAGGGCCGCAUCCUCGUCGGAAGCGCAGACGGAAGAUCUCCGCUCAGGGUAAUCGUCGAUCACCUGCCGAUGCCAGAUGGAAUUGCCCUCUCCCACAAGACUGGCAAGAUCUUCUGGACCAACAUGGGCACUCCCGGCCAGAACGACGGUUCCAUCAUGUCGUGCAACCUGGAUGGCACUGGCAUACGGGUCGUCAUCCCUCCUGGCGCUGUCCACACCCCCAAGCAGUUGUCUGUUGACCAGGACAAUGAGGUGCUCUACUUUUCUGACCGAGAGGGCAUGCGAGUCUUCCGUUGCGGCGUCGAUGGGUCGAAUCUCCAGACGCUCGUCCGAGCUGGCGACUGGCGGAAGGGCAUUGAUGAUCCUACCUCGUGGUGCGUAGGCAUUACUGUCUCGGCUAAGGAGGGAAAGUUUUACUGGACUCAGAAGGGGCCGCCCAAAGGGUCUAAAGGACGCAUUUACCGGGCCUCCAUCAAGAUGCCCGAAGGAUAUGAUGCCUCUAACAGACCGGACAUUGAGGUAGUCUUUGAACACCUGCCGGAGCCGAUUGACCUCGAGAUGGACGAGGAUGGCAGCGCCCUGUACUGGACAGACCGCGGAGAGCUGCCGAAUGGUAACAGUCUGAACCGGGCAACCCUCAACCCGGACGGGUCAUUCAGUAACCACCAGGUCCUCGCGCGGAACUUGCACGAGGCAAUUGGACUAGCCAUUGAUAAAACAACGAGGCAUAUCUAUGCUACAGAUCUUGGCGGCGCGGUCUAUCGGUUCAACAUGGACGGCAGUGGUAAACAGAAGUUCUAUGAAGACCAGGGAGCGUUUACGGGCAUUGCUUUGUUGGAACAGGUUGAUCCCAGUUCGAGCUUGUAG